AUGUGGGCAAAAUGUGAAUCAAAAGAAUUACGAUCGGGGGUUGUGGGUGGUUUAGAUGAAAUGAAUGAGCAUCGUUACGAUAGUUCACAAAAAUUUUCUAUUUCGCAUUUUGGAAAAUCAAGUAAAAGAAUUGGGAUGGGGUGUGAUGAGGUGAAACUAAUUAGAAGGUAUGAGAGUUUUGAAACAUUGAGAGAACAUAAAAUUGCACCGCAUCUCCAUCUAAGCUCCAUGAUUGUACUUGUGUACUCUCUAGAGUGGUUUGUUGUCUGA